GCCGCCCAGCAGCCGCGCUCCUCCCGCUGCUCGCACACUCCGCUCCGCCGGUGCCUCGUUGGUUCGGUCGGUUCCACUCCGGUUCUCUUUCACCGAUCACAUUUUGGAUUUUGCUCAUUUCCUUUUGGAGAUUUUCCUUUUCUCCGGUGCAUGGAUGGAGUCGGCGAGCGAUCCGGGCAGGAGCGGCUCUGAGCCCGCUACGCCGGUCAUGGAGACGCCGGCGAGCGCGAAGACUCUGCGGGCUGGAGAGCACCUGACUCCGGCGAGGAGACACAGCAGCUCCGGGUCCAGCCCCUCCGGCUCCGGCUUCAGCAAAGGUCUGUCAGCAGCUGGGAAGAAGACUCACACAUCUCAGAUUGAAAUCAUUCCCUGUAAGAUCUGUGGAGAUAAAUCAUCAGGGAUCCACUACGGGGUGAUCACCUGCGAGGGCUGCAAGGGGUUCUUCAGAAGGAGUCAGCAGAGUAACGCCGCCUAUUCGUGUCCUCGCCAGAAAAACUGUCUGAUCGACCGAACGAGCCGCAACCGCUGCCAGCACUGCCGUCUGCAGAAAUGUCUGGCUGUGGGCAUGUCCCGAGACGCUGUGAAGUUUGGCCGCAUGUCGAAGAAGCAGCGGGACAGUCUGUACGCUGAGGUUCAGAAGCACCGCCUCCAGCAGCAGCAGCAGCAGCAGCAGCAGCAGGGUCCCCUCCUCCUCUCCCAACCCAGCAUCGGCAGCCCGAGCCCGGGCGAGUCUGAGCCGCUGUCCCCUCACUACGGCCUCUCCUCCACGGGCCUCACGGAGUUGCCGGAUGAGCUGGGAAGCUACAUGGAACCAAACUCUCCUGAGGGAGGAUCUGAAUCGUCCAAGGCAGACUCUGGAGGAGGCGGAGGAGAAGGAGGAGGAGGAGGUGGGUUCUACCUGGACUUCCAGCCGUCCCCAGACCAGUCCGGGCUCGACAUUAAUGGCAUCAAACCGGAGCCGCUGUGCGACUACAGUUCCGGUAACGGCUUCUUCCCGUACUGCUCCUUCAGCAACGGAGACACAUCGCCCACCGUGUCCAUGGCUGAACUCGAUCACCAGGCUCAGAUCAUCUCAAAGUCUCACCUGGAGACGUGUCAGUACCUGAGGGAGGAGCUGCAGCAAAUGAGCUGGCAGAACUUCCUGCAGGACGAGGUGGAGAGCUACCAGAGCAAGCCGCGGGAGGUGAUGUGGCAGCUCUGUGCCGUAAAGAUCACUGAGGCCAUACAGUAUGUGGUGGAGUUCGCCAAACGUAUUGACGGCUUCAUGGAUCUCUGUCAAAAUGACCAGAUCGUGCUGCUGAAAGCGGGCUCUCUGGAGGUCGUCUUUGUGCGAAUGUGUCGGAUGUUUGACUCUCAGAACAACACCGUCUACUUCGAUGGGAAAUUCGCAGGUCCUGACGUCUUCAAAGCAUUAGGUUGUGAUGAUUUGAUCACGUCAGUGUUCGACUUUGCUAAAAGCAUGUGCUCGCUGCAUCUGUCGGAGGACGAGCUCGCUCUGUUCUCAGCGUUCGUUCUACUCUCUGCAGACCGGUCGUGGCUGCAGGAGAAGCUGCAGGUGGAGAAGCUGCAGCAGAAAACUCAGCUGGCUCUGCAACACGUUCUGCAGAAGAACCAGAGAGAGGACGGACUGCUGAACAAGCUCAGAUGUAAGGUGUCAGCAUUGCGUUCACUGUGCAGUCGGCACACAGAGAAGCUGUCAGCAUUCAGAGCGGUUUACCCCGACAUCGUUGGGACACACUUCCCUCCUCUUUACAAGGAGCUGUUUGGUGCCGACCUCGAACUCACUCUGCAGACCGGCAGCGACUAACCGUCGACCCCCCUGCCAGAUUCGGUUGGACCGAACCCGGUUUCUGUGGCCGUGGAGAACCGGAGGACGACUCACGCUGCCGCUGCACUUUUCCUGGACAGCCGAGCCCACAAAAACGGAGAGAUCUGAACUCCUUCUUCACCUCCUCCUUUCAUGGGUUUGGAGUGAGGAGUCAGGUGGUCUCCCUCCACACGUCCUGGAUCUGGAUCAGAUUCAGCUCUGACAUUAAAAGACUCCUUUGGUAUUCACACUGAAAAGACAUCAGCUCUUCUUCUAACAGUUCACGUCACGUCUGAGUCCCACACCAGAAUUCAUUUAUGUGUCCUCGAGAAGCUGGUUUGUCUGGAGGUUUGGUGACGCAGCGACCGGCUGAGGUUAGAUGGGGAGCUACUGGAUGAACUGGUAACAAGAAAGCUGGUGCUAUUCAGCCAAAUAGCCCACCAAGCUAGCUAGCAGGAUCGGAUUUUGAGGAGCAGGGUUGUAUAAAACCAGAUGGUGCAACAAGCUAAUGAUCUCUUCACCCUCAGAGGUUAGCUCCAAUAUGGCAGUUUACAAUUGUGCUGGCCCUGACAGUGAAUGCCUCAUCUGUAUGUUUCUAUAUAAAUGUUCCAAAAAAUUUUAA